AUGAAUCAACGAAGAUUUGAACUUUUGUGCGCCGCACUAUUGGGAUUUGGUCAGCUGUGCAUCAUGACUGGAUUCGAUUCAGAAUCGUUCAUUCUGGAAUCAGUGAUUCAUUCGAUUCACGAAAGAGAGCCAGCGAGAAUCUCGCAGUAUGCAGGAUACUAUGGCCAAGCCGUGAUCUAUGCAUUCUACAUGAUUGCUUGCAUGUUUUCCCCAUCCAUUCUAGCCAUUAGCACUCCAAAAAUCAACUUGGUGCUCUCUGCGAUUUUUUUCACAGCCUUCCCAAUCGGAUUCCUAUUCACCAACUCCUACUAUUAUUUCUUUUCUUGUGCUUUACUAGGAGUUGGUUUUGCUCUGUUUUACCAAGGGCAAGGUGGAUACCUGACAUCGCAUUCCACUAGAGAAACCAUUGAGUCCAAUGUGUCGUUUUCUUGGUCCGUGGCUUGUUGUUGUAUGAUUUUGGGCUCCGGGAUCUUGGCCAUUAUCACUAAAGUGAGCUCAACAGAAAUCGAGCAUUUGCCAGAGGCUCUGAAUAUCACCAAAGAAGCUCAUAAGAUGGAGAGGAGGUUCAGCGAUAUGGAAAUAAGCUUUCUGUUCACGGCAUUCACUGGAUGUUCUGUUUUGGGAAUCAUCACAUUCUUCCUGAUGCCAUCUAAAGAUGUCGAGAACUGUAUUGAGAGUACCUCGGAGAAAAAAGAAACCUUCACCGGAGCAUUUAAGCUCACUUGCUCCACACUGGUCUCCUGGAAAAUGGUACAACUCAUGCCUCUAUUCUGCCUUGUUGGCCUCAACACAUCUUUCUGGCUUUCGGUAUUCCCAACUGCUAUGAGCUUUACCACGCAUAACUCUCAUUUGAUCUACCUCCCUGCUGUGUAUAGUUGUGCAGUUGGUUCCGGAGAAGUUGUUAUGGGCAUCCUAAUCUCAUUCCUCAGUAAACGCAUCAAAAAUUUCGGACAAAAGCCAACAAUGACGAUUGGCGCCAUUUUUACUUCGAUCUACUGUGUUUUGAUCCAUCUUUCAACCGCGAUGGACGCCCCGAUGAGACCAAGUCAUGCCGAGCCUAUUCUCUUUCAUCAUUCUUAUCUCCUCGCCUUCACAAUCGGUUUUAUUUGCGGUAUUGGUGACUGCUGUAUCAAUAGUGUGAGAUCUGUGAUUUGUGCAUUAGCUUGGCCAAAACGAAGACCACAGGCGUUUUCGGUCUCCAAGGUUUUCCAGGCUCUCGCCUCCUGUAUCCUCUUCUUCUUAUCCCCAAUCACUCCACUGUACGUUUACACCAUUGGUCUUCCAGUUUUGUCAAUUAUCGCCGCUAUUUUGUUCUUUUCAAUUGCUAAAAGAACACAAACGAUGGAGAGAAAAAUGACAGAAGGGACGAGAAAUGCGUUUGAGAUUGGAAAGAAACUGAAUUUAUAA